AUGACGGAUUCUCUUCAUAACGCGCCCAUUGUCCUCGACAAUGGCUCCGGCACGAUCCGCGCCGGUUUCGCGGGCGACGACCUACCGAAGUGCUACUUCCCCUCGUUCGUUGGCCGUCCCAAGCACCUGAGAGUGCUCGCUGGCGCUCUCGAGGGCGAGGUCUUCAUCGGGCAGAAGGCGGCGACGGAGCUCAGGGGCCUGCUGAAAAUCAGGUACCCGUUGGAGCACGGCAUUGUGACGGACUGGGACGACAUGGAAAAAAUCUGGGAAUACGUAUACGGCGAAGGACUCAAGACGCUUAGCGAAGAGCACCCCGUCCUCCUGACUGAGCCCCCCCUCAACCCUCGCAGCAACCGCGACACCGCGGCUCAAAUCCUCUUCGAGACCUUCAACGUCCCCGCCCUGUACACAUCAAUCCAGGCCGUCCUGUCAUUAUAUGCCAGCGGUCGGACGACGGGUAUCGUCCUUGACUCGGGAGAUGGCGUGUCGCACGCGGUGCCGGUGUACGAGGGGUUCGCCAUGCCGAGCAGCAUCCGACGGAUAGACGUGGCCGGACGCGAUGUGACGGAGUACAUGCAGACGCUGCUGCGAAAGAGCGGCUACGUUUUCCACACGAGCGCCGAGAAGGAGGUUGUGAGGCUCAUCAAGGAGUCCGUCACGUACGUGGCGCAAGAUCCGAGGAAGGAGGAAAAGGAGUGGGCCAACAGGGCGGACCCAGCCAAGGGCGUAGAAUAUGCCCUCCCAGACGGACACAAGCUCAAGAUCGGCGCGGAACGCUUCAGGGCGCCGGAGAUUCUCUUCGACCCCGAGAUCAUCGGCCUCGAGUAUCCCGGCGUGCACCAGAUCGUCGUCGACGCCAUCAACCGGACGGACCUCGACCUGCGCAAGUCGCUGUACAGCAACAUUGUGCUCUCUGGCGGCAGCACGCUGACGAGGGGCUUCGGCGACCGGCUGCUGACGGAGCUGCAGAGGCUGGCCGUCAAGGACAUGAGGAUAAAGAUCUUUGCGCCGCCUGAGCGCAAGUACUCCACGUGGAUCGGAGGGAGUAUCCUGGCUGGUCUCAGCACCUUCCGCAAGAUGUGGGUGAGCAUUGACGACUGGCACGAGAACCCGGAUAUCAUUCACACCAAACUUACGUGA